AUGAAAUGUAAUACAGUAUACCAUAGGCAAUGUCAUAAUAUAAGUCCACAAACAAAACUCAAUUCUAAUUGGCAAUGCAAAUCAUGCUUAAACAAGAUAUCUAAAAUAACGCAAGAUACGGAUGCCGACGUAUUUGUGGAUGUGUGUAACGCAGACUUGGGAAACGAAACACCCACACUUGCGCGCGAGAUUCAACUUUUGCGCGCGGAAUUGUCUGCAUUUCGGGAGGAAAUGAGCCGCCUUACUAAAGUUGUUGGCGAUUUUAGCUCACGGUUGGACGGAGUGGAGGAGAGGGUGAGAAUGCUGGAGGAUUGCAACACAGCGAAAAAAGAUGCGACUGAGGAAUUAGAAAACCUAAAAAGACAAAUUAAUGAAAAUGAGCAAGCGCAUCUUUUAAAUGAUCUGGAAAUUUCGGGAGUUCCCGAUAUUACUGGUGAAAACACUAUGCACACCGUUGUUACACUUGCGCAAAAGCUGGGUGUAAAUCUCGAAGAACGGGAUGUCAUGUGUGCUUACCGUGUAGGCGUGAAACGUGACCGCGCAUCGAGUAUGGACAGCCCGCCUGGCACUAGCGCGAGCGCUUCGCGCGCGCGCCCGCGCCCUAUUGUGAUACGUCUCGUGCGUCGCAGUGUGCGCGAUCAGCUGCUGCAGUCGGCGCGCGUGCGACGCGGGGCCGAUACGUCAGGCAUGGAUAUACCGGAACAGCCGCGCAGAUUUUAUGUUAACGAACGCCUUACGCCAUUGAAUCGUCACCUAUUUUAUCUAGCAAGAGAGGAAGCGACUGCAAAAAAGUGGCGCUUCGUAUGGACCCGCGGUGGACGUAUCUUUGCCAGACGUGACGCUAAGUCAUCCUCUCAUUGGAUACGCUCAGAAGCGGAUCUGCGUCAGGUUUUUGGUUGCUGA